AUGCCAUCGCUGCCCGCGUCGCCUUCGCCGGGUUUCUUCAAAUCGGAGAGUUCAUACUCAGCAGCCGACCGCAGAAAUCCUCAGGUCUUCGCGGGUACCAAAUUAACCCGAGGUGGUAUCAGGUUCUCCCUCACCAUGGACCACGUCCUCCUUGCCUUGAAGCUUGAAGAGAAGCAAGAAAGACAGAACCCUCGAAAGUGUUAA